UUUUUUUUUCUUUCUUCGAUCCGAUCAGAAAUCAGAAGAGCCUCCUUCUUCUCUCUCUCUUAGGGUUUCGAUUUCUCUAUUCCAAUUUCGCCCAAUCUUGUUAAAUUAUUUAGGGUUUUCAAUUUUGAUUUCAUCGAUUCAUAAAUUUAUUUUGCGUGUGUGUUUGUGUGAAGAUUAAAAAAAAUUAAAAAAAAUAUUUUAGGGUUCGUGAAAUGGGGGUAUUGGAGGUUGAGAGUGGCGGUUCAUCACCGUCUGUAUCAAUGGUGAAGAAGAAGCUUGGUGUUACAAAUCCAAUUUCAAUUGCUGGUCCAACUGAAUCUGAUUUGCAGAGAAGCUUAGAAUUGGAGAAGUUUUUGGUGGAUUCUGGAUUAUACGAAAGUAAAGAAGAAGCUGCUCAAAGAGAAGAGAUUUUGAGUCAGAUCAAUCAGGUUGUGAAAGCAUGGGUUAAACAACUUACUCGUCAGAAAGGGUAUACAGACCAGAUGGUAGAAGAUGCAAAUGCUGUUCUAUUUACUUUUGGAUCAUAUCGUUUGGGGGUGCAUGGCCCUGGAGCAGACAUAGACACCUUGUGUGUUGGGCCAUCCUAUGUAAAUCGCGAGGAUUUCUUUAUUAUAUUGCAUGAUAUCCUGUCUCAUAUGGAAGAAGUUACUGAACUGCAGCCAGUUCCGGAUGCACAUGUUCCCGUGAUGAAAUUCAAAUAUUCUGGGAUCUCAAUUGAUCUUCUUUAUGCAAGUGUCUCCCUUCUGGUUGUUCCUGAAGAUUUGGACAUCUCUGAUUUAUCUGUGUUGUACAAUGUUGAUGAGCAAACUGUUCGGAGUCUUAAUGGUUGCAGGGUUGCUGAUCAAAUUCUUCGACUUGUUCCGAAUGUGGAGCAUUUUCGCACGACCCUCCGAUGUUUGAAGUUUUGGGCCAAAAGACGUGGUGUCUAUUCAAAUGUGACUGGAUUUCUCGGUGGAGUAAAUUGGGCUCUUCUGGUUGCGCGUGUAUGUCAGCUUUACCCUAAUGCAGUCCCUAGUAUGCUGGUUUCCAGAUUCUUCAGGGUAUAUACCCAGUGGCGCUGGCCGAAUCCUGUUAUGUUGUGUGCAAUAGAGGAGGAUGAUGAACUUCUGUUGCCUGUAUGGGAUCCACGUAAGAAUCCUAGAGAUCGAACACAUCAUAUGCCGAUUAUUACCCCUGCAUAUCCUUGCAUGAACUCCAGCUAUAAUGUUUCGACAAGUACGCUUCGAGUUAUGAUGGAGCAAUUUGAGAAGGGUAACAAGAUCUGUGAGGAGGUAGAACUGAAUAAAGCACAUUGGAGUGCUUUGUUUGAGCCUUACCUAUUUUUUGAAACGUACAAAAAUUAUCUGCAAAUUGACAUCAUUGCGGCAGAUGCUGAUGAUUUACUUUCUUGGAAAGGCUGGGUAGAGUCCAGGUUGAGGCAAUUAACUCUCAAGAUAGAGAGAGACACUGUUGGUAUGUUGCAGUGCCAUCCAUAUCCUCAUGAAUAUGCAGACAUUUCUAAACAAUGCUCGCAUAGUGCAUUUUUCAUGGGUUUGCAGAGGAAUCAAGGUGUGGAGGUUCAGGAAGGACAGCAAUUUGAUAUCCGGGGAACAGUGGAGGAAUUUAGGCAUUCAGUGAACAUGUACAUGUUUUGGAAACCAGGAAUGGACAUAUAUGUUUCUCAUGUUCGUAGAAAGCAGAUUCCCUCAUAUGUGUUUCCAGAAGGGUACAAACGAUCUCGUACCUCAUCUAGGGUUUCAAGUCAUCAUCAAGAGUCUGAAAAAACAAGGGAGUGUAGCAAGAAUGGUUCUCCAUCAGAGAGGCGGCUCAAGAGGAAAAAUGAUGUUGAAGGGAGUCCAGGUGACGAGAGACUACAGAAACGUGCUUCUAUUAGCCCCAUAAGGCGAGAAUCUUUAUCUUCUGAAACUGGAAGUCGGUCUGGCAGUGGAACAUGUCAGAUCCAGAGGAAAAAUGAUGCUGAAGUUGGUCACGAUGUCUGCGAGAGACCACAAAAACAUGCUUCUAUUAGCCCGCAAAGGCAGGACUCUGUUUCACCUAUAAUUUGCUCUACUAGUGGAACUAAUCAAGUCUGUUCUGUGGAGGGUAAAAUGGAUUAUGCGUCUACAAGUACAGUAGGUAUUAUUGCUGAUGUUGGUUGUACUUCGAGUCACUUGGACAACGAAAAAGUUUCGGAGGAGUCUGUACAACAAGGUAGGAUACAGGAUAUGACAUCUAUCGAACCUAAUGAAGAGAGAAUGAAUGGGACACCAGGAAUUAGUUGCGCAUCAGGAGUAACAUGUCCGGCUAGCUCAAGUGAAGGUGCUCGAGGUGCAGGUUUAGGACAUGCUGAGGAAGCGGCAAGGCAAUUGAGUGAGGAAAAAGUUGGAGGUGAGCCGUGCAGCAGUAGCAGCAGCAGCAGUACUAAUGUCAAUAGUGAGGUCAGUUCAUGUGAUAUAAGCUUGGAAUCAUGUGUAGCAAGUAGCCGCAGUAGUAGUUGUAGCAGUGAAAAUUCUGGGUUCAGGCAUGAAAGGAAGAAUGACAACAGACAGGGUUGUUAUGUGCAGGGUUUUGUUUGUGGUGAAUCAAAUUCAGAGAUAGUACUUUUGGAGGAUGAUGGGUGCAUAAAUGAGAGUGGGGUGAUAUUACAAGAUGGCCUUGCGCAAGAAUUGAAGCCAAAUGUCGUGCUUGGUAUGGUUCUAAAAGCUCGCGGUGGCGGUAGUGCAGAACCUGUGCAGAAACCGGUGAUAAGGCAUGGACUAUUUGGAACCCUAAUAACUUGUACCAAGGAUGUUUAGUUUGACGUCAACAGCAUGAAGAACUAAAGCUGCCGCAGAAUCAACAGCAUGAAGACCUGAAGCUGCCGCAGAUUAGCCAUUCACUAGUUCGAUUCUGUACUUCGGUUUUCACCAAUGAGAGAGAAUUGAAGCGCGCAGAAGAUUAGAAAGCCAGCAGUGUUUGUAUGGGUAAGUAAAUAUUAAAAAUUCUGGCUUUCAUUUUGGUUUUUCGGGCAUGCAUUUUUCAGUUGCUGUUCAACAAUUGGAUCGCUCGCUGAAAAGGCAAGGUGGUGCACAGAGGUGGUGGUUAUUGUGUGUUGUGUACAGCCAUAGUUGUGAAGUAAAUGUUCAGUACUGUUGAAAGAUGUGAGUACUUCCGAAAUCUCAGUGAAAGUAACAAUGUUUCUUCGGGUGUGCUUACUUACUCGCAGUCCUUUUUUUUCUUUUUUUCCUUUUUUUAUUUUCAAUCUUGAAAUUAGUAAGAGUCAAGUAGCUCUAAAUGGUGUGUAUGAGAGAAGUUGCUCAGAUGAUUUGUGGGUGUCCUGAUACAUUUUUUUUUUGAUUUGCUAUAAUCCAGUUUUUAGUGUAAAUCUCUCCAA